CAGUGACAGUCCGUGACACAUCAUACAAAAUAAAAAAUCGUGCAUUAUUUCAUGCUCUACAUUUAAACUUGUUUUGAAAAUCAACAAAUUGAAAAGGCACACUCUCAGGUUCAAUGUUAAGCUGAGUAUCCAGAAAAUAAAAUUCAUUUAGCAAUAAUGGCUGGCUCAGCAUUAAGACGUUUGAUGGCGGAGUACAAACAACUGACUCUUAAUCCACCUGAAGGCAUCAUUGCUGGACCAGUGAACGAAGAAAACUUCUUUGAAUGGGAGGCCCUGAUCACAGGUCCAGAAGGAACAUGUUUUGAAGGUGGUAUAUUUCCAGCUAAACUGAUUUUCCCACCUGACUAUCCUCUUAGUCCACCAAAGAUGCAAUUUAUCUGUGAAAUGUUUCAUCCUAAUAUCUAUGCUGAUGGAAGGGUCUGCAUAUCAAUACUACAUGCUCCAGGUGAUGAUCCAAUGGGCUAUGAAAGCAGUGCUGAGAGAUGGUCACCUGUUCAAAGUGUUGAAAAAAUAUUGCUGUCAGUAGUCAGUAUGUUAGCAGAACCAAAUGAUGAAAGUGGUGCCAAUGUUGAUGCAGCAAAAAUGUGGAGGGAAGACCGUGAACAAUUUAAUAAGAUAGCAGAACGGCUAGUCAGGAAUACGUUAGGAUUGCCCCCACCAUAAGUAUAUUGUUUGAAUAUAAAAAAAUGUUUUAUGGGACUGGUGCUUGUUUUCAAGGUAAUGUGCGACAUACUAGAAAUCAUUGAAAAAUUAUCAUCAUUGGCUACUUGACUUUUUAUUGGUGUAGAUUUAAACAAAUAUAUAUUAUAUAUAACUCACAAUAAUUAGA